CGCCGGCUCCCAGCUCAGCGCAAGAUGGCGGCGGGCGCGUCGGACCCACUGGAGGAGAUGCUGCUCUUCUCCGAGGAGGUGGACGAGAAGGCGCUCAGCGACCUGGUGGGAUCCCUGGAAUCGCAGCUGGCCGGCGGCCGCGGCCCCGCUGAGCCGCCCCCGCCCAGGACCUCCGCCCCGUCCCAGCAGCCGCAGCAGGGGAGCCUGGCGGGGGACAGCAGCCCCGGCCGGCAGCAGCACGGCCGCCCCGCGCCCCCUCCCGCGCCCGGGGCAGGGGAGGCGGCGGGGCGCCCCGGCAGCGCGGGGAGCCGAGCCCCCGCCCAGGGGCCUCUCCCGGCCCCGUCUCCCCCGGCGGCGGCGGCAGCGGCGGCGGGGAGGGGAGCGAGUGUAAACAGUAGUAGUGUGCAGCAAUCACAUGGAGCGGCUCCCGGCGGCGGCAGCCCCGCCGCUCCCGCCCCGCCGCAGCCCGCCGCCCCUGCCCAGCCUGUCAACAACCAUGUGGCCGCUGCAGCCGCCGCCGCGCGGGACGCGGGGAGCCCCGGCCCCGGCCCCAGCCCGCCCGCCGCCGACGGCGCGCCCGGGGCCGCGGGGGGCGGCGGAGCAGCGGCGGGAGCGGCCGAGGGCGCCGCCGCUGCCCCCGCGCCGCGCCCCGGCCAGGCGGCGCCCAACGGGGAGGGCGCGGGGGCCCGACCGGCCGCGGUGCCGCCCGUCAGCGGGCACGGCGGGGCCGCCGCCGCGCAGCCCCAGCCCGCGCCCGGCGCGCUGCCCGCGGUCACCGCGCUCGGCGCCUCCGCCAGCCCCGCGCCCGCACCGCCGGCCCCGGGCUCGGCCCCGCCGGCCCCCGCGGCCCCCGCCGCGCCCAAGCCCGCGGUCACCGCCAAGGCGGGCGCUGCCCUGCCCGCCGCCCCCCAGGCCGUGUCGCCGCGGCCGGCGCUGGGCGCUGCCCCCCGGAUCGUGGCCCCGCAGCUGAUCGUGCGGCCGCCGCCGCAGACCACCAUCCAGCUGCCGCCCGGCUUCACCAUCCCGCCCGGGAUGGUGCUGGUGCGCACGGACGCCGGACAGCUCGUCAUGGUGCCCCAGCAGGCCCUGGCACAGGCUCAGAUGCAGGCCCAGGUGCAGACACAGGGACAGGGUCCUGCCAACAUGUCACCCAGGCUUUCUGUGCCCACCACUGGCCCUGUGUUUCGCCUCUCAACAGCUCAGCAGCCAACGUCCGUGGGCACCUCCAGCGUCCGCCUGGGGCUCCCCGUGCAAGCCAAGGUGGUGCCAUCGACAGCAGCGCCCGCCAGCGCCACAGCCACGCUGCCAGGAGGGGCUGUGCUGUCCCACACCACGGUAACAGUAGCUACGACGAGCGCUCCCAACCUGUUCAAGACGACGGUGGCAGGUGGAGCUGCAGCCUCCCAGCAGCCUGCAGUGCUCAGCAGUGCCCAGAGCCAGGGCUCAGGGGCGGGGCAGCCACGGCUGCCACUGCCCCCUCCCACGGCAGCGCAGGUGCCAGCACAGCCCCUGGUCAUCCCCAGCUCCCCUGUGCCUGGCACCACCGUGGUCUCACAGGAAAUGCAAGAGAAUGUGAAAAAAUGUAAAAACUUUUUAGCUACCCUUAUAAAACUUGCUUCUCAUAAUUCACCAUCUCCUGAAACGUCCCGCAAUGUGAAAGCUCUGGUUCAAGAUUUGUUGGAUGCAAAGAUUGAUCCAGAAGAAUUUACAGGCCGCCUUCAAACAGAACUCAAAUCAUCUCCUCAGCCAUAUCUCGUACCUUUCCUUAAGAAAAGUCUACCUGCACUGAGACAAUCUUUACUGAACAGUCAGCAUUUGGUUUUGCAAGGCCAGCCGUCUCAGCAGUCACUCCAACAGACCAAGCUCUCUGCAGUGAUACCUCAGUCUGCCUCGGGAAUCUCCUCUGUUGUCACCACUCAGACAAUAGGAAUAAGGCAACCAAACAACAUUUGCACAGUCUCUGUAUCAAAUACAGUGCAGCCUCCUCAGGUUAAGGUGGUACAGUCAAAUCAGAGUUCUCAACUGCAGAUUAUCCAGUCAACAUCUGCUCAAACUGUGAAACGAGCCCCUGCUUGCCAGACUACCCAGAUUAGGAUGCCAGUGGUAAUAACUCAGACCAUUAGACCACAAGGCACAGUAGGGAAGGCACCAACAAUACAAGCCAGUAAAAGUCCUGGGGGCUUUGGUGUUCAGGUCUCUGCAAAUCAGAAAAACAAGCUGAAUGACCCUGGAGGUGGUUCUUUCAGAGAUGAUGAUGACAUCAAUGAUGUUGCCUCUAUGGCUGGUGUUAACCUUAAUGAAGAAAGUGCCCGAAUUAUGGCCACCAACUCUGACUUGGUUGGAUCCCAGAUGCAGUCCUGUAAAGAUGAACCCUUUCUUGCUGCUAUACCUCUCCAUAAACGCAUACUUGAAACGGCUAAAAAACUAGGAAUUACUGAUGUGCCAGCUGAGGUGGUUACUUUUAUUUCCCAUGCAACACAGAGCAGAUUAAGGACAGUGAUAGAGAAGGUGACAGUGAUAACCCAGCACCGGAUGGAGUCGUACAAAGACGAUGAGUGGUACGAACAAGCCUCAGACGUCCGAUCCCAGCUGAAGUUCUUCGAGCAGUUGGAGCGCUUGGAAAAGCAAAGGAAAGAUGAACAAGAGAGGGAAAUUUUGCUGAAGGCUGCCAAGAGUCGCUCAAGGCAAGAAGACCCAGAGCAAGCUAGACUGAAACAAAAAGCAAAGGAGAUGCAGCAGCAGGAGCUGGCCCAGAUGAGGCAGAGGGACGCCAACCUGACGGCGCUGGCAGCCAUCGGCCCCCGCAAGAAACGGAAGCUGGAUGCUCCUGGCCUGCUCACCAUAGGAGGAGAGGGCGUGGGGCUGUGCGGGGGCAGCCCGGCGGGGCUGGGCACGGGCUCCCCCCGGCAGUACCCCCGGCAGAAAAUCACUCGAGUCAACCUCAGGGACUUCAUCUUCUACAUGGAGCAGGAGCGGGACAUGAGCCAUUCGCUCCUGCUCUACCGAGCUCUGCUUAAAUAAAGCCAACAGUCCUACUGAGUGCUCCACGGAAGCUCAACUUGCUUUGAAAGCUGUCAUUUUAAUGUGCCUUCUAUUUUUUUCAGAAGUCAAUGUUCCGGUAAUUUUGUUUUGUAAAAUUGUCAGACACAUGCAAUAAAUUCCCUUUAUGUAAAAAUAUAUAUAUAUAUAUAUAAACCACAGAAAAUGUGCAAAAGGUUUUAAAAUGUUAACUCCACAAAAAAAAAAAAAAUCAACAUCAAAGUCUUGCUCCAUCUGGCCAUUUUAGGUAAGGCUGAAGUAGCUGGUGUUGAAGUUACACAAAUGCAGUGGAUCACCCAAACCAUCUCCUGGCCAGGCCUGGGACAGGUUCACAGGAGUGGUCCCAGCCUUGUGUUCACCUGAGUGUUCACUCCUGGUG